AUGGCGAUUGCCGCAUCAUCGCCGCUCAAGGCUGAGCUGAGCACUCUCAGGAGAAGUUCCAGGAACAUCAAGCGCGAACUGAUCGAUAACAGUUCUCCUCUCAAGCCGCUCAAACCCUCGCCCACGCCCCGCAAGCGCAUCAAGACAGAGCACCACUCACCCAAGCCCGAGUCCUCCCCUUCCAAGAAGACAGGCUCAACUCCCAAGGCAAAACCCAAGGACAAAGCCGCCGCCCUCCAGUCCAAGAAGCUCUCAGCCUACUCCUUCACCAGAACCUCCCCCUUCCCCAACUUUCCCCACCCCACGGCCCAGGAGUGCUCCCUCGCCCUCUCCAUCCUCUCCUCCCUCCACGGCGCCCGCUCCCGUCCUACCACCGCCCCCAAAGCCUCGUCCACAUCGGCCGGCUGCGGCGCCUCCCCCUCCGUCCUCGACGCCCUCGUCCGCACCAUCCUCUCCCAGAACACCUCGGACCGCAACUCCUCCCGCGCCAAGCUCUCCAUGGACGCCGCCUACUCCCGCUCCGACAACUGGGCCGCCAUCGUCCAGGGGGGCCGCCCAAAACUCGAGGACGCCAUCCGCUCGGGAGGGCUCGCGGCCGUCAAAUCCCGCGUCAUCAUCGACGUCCUCGAACAGGUCCACGCCAAGUACGGCGCCUACUCCCUCGACCACCUCUUCGCCGAGCCCGAUGACGCCGCCUGCAUGCGCGAGCUGCUCUCGUUCAAGGGGAUCGGGCCCAAGACGGCGAGCUGCGUCCUGCUCUUCUGCCUGAGGAGGGAGAGCUUCGCCGUCGACACGCACGUGCACAGGAUCACGGGUCUGCUGGGGUGGCGGCCCGAGGGGGCGGGGAGGGAGGAGGCGCAUGCGCAUCUGGACGCGAGGAUACCAGACGGGGAUAAGUAUCCCCUUCACGUUCUGCUCAUCGCGCAUGGGAAGAAGUGUGAGGAGUGUAAGGCGGGAGGGAAGAACCUGGGUCGGUGUGAGCUGCGCAAGGCAUUCCGGAGAUCAAAGGUGAAGGGAGAGGCGGGUGAGGUGGCCAAACGUGAAGAGUUAGAUGUGAUCAAGAAAGAGGAGGAGGAAGGAUAA